AGACACCACAUGCAACCCCGCCUCCUCCUCCACCUCCUUCUCCUUCUCUAGCUGGAAGAAUUGUGACGGCAUUUGGGAAAAGCCAGUGAGAAGAGCUGCGACGAGCUGCAGUGUGUAUUGGCCACUGCGGUGCUUCAGAAUGGCGGAGGGGGGCGGCAGGUGCAGUGGAUCUGGGAUGCUGAACGGGGACCGCGGGGGAUGGACCAACUAAUCACCCUCCCGCACGUUCUGCCAGCAUCAGAACCACGCCGUGACAGAUCUGGACUUAGGCUAUUCUAUCUUCAGGAAAUAUUAAGACUGCAAUGAACUACACCACUACCAGAUCACAAGCAAGAAGAACUGUCGAAGCAGUUUCUUUUUUCUCUUCUACAGCAUUGGACAAAGAAUGCUGCAAUCUACUGAAUGGACAUGGACAAGAGAGAGACAGGAUCCUUGUUGCCACGGAGAAGAACAAGGAGCACAUGAAUAGAAGAUGGGUUCUGACCCCUUCAAGAUCACCUGACCUGAUUGGACCAACCGGAUGUUGGAGGCGCCAACCGACGUCUCUGGCAGGGCAAAACCAGGAACUAAAACAUCUUGAUCCUCUAGAGGGACCUUUUUAAAGUCACCCCUCUCCCCCCCACUUCCUUCUGGUGGGGGGGAGGGCAUAGCAGUUAGCCUAUCACAGCUCAGGACUUGUCCCUUCAAUAGCCAGUUAGCCUAUCACAACCAGGUCUGGUCCCUUUGUUAGCAAGUUAGCCUAUCACAGCUCAGGACUGGUCCCUUUGUUAGCCAGUUAGCCUAUCACAACUCAGGACUGGUCCCUUUGUUAGCUUGUUAGCCUAUCACAGCUCAGGACUGGUCCCUUUGUUAGCUUGUUAGCCUGUCACAGCUCAGGACUGGUCCCUUCAUUAGCCUGUUAGCGUAUUACCUGUGAGGAUACUGAGACCAGGAACAGACCAGCAUCAUGGAGGCUAGUCAGGGUCACAGCCAGGGCAGCCCUGAGAGCACUAACCGGGCCGUGGAGUACCUCCUGGAGCUCAACAACAUCAUAGAGAGCCAGCAGAAGCUCCUGGACACCCAGAGGCACCGUAUCGAUGAGCUAGAGGUCCAGUUAGACCGCCUGGCCCAGGAGAAUAAAGAUCUACGCCUGGACCGCCAGCGACCUUUACCCCCUGAACCCCCACCACCACCCGGCCCCCCGCCACCACCUGCCAACAAAACUAGCCACACAGCCAUACCCUCCGUACCAGUUCGCCCGGUUCAGACCAAGUCCUUUAGUAGUACCAGAACCAACACCACAGCCAUACCCUCCGUACCAGUUCGCCCGGUUCAGACCCAGUCUUUUUAUAGUACCAGUACCAACACUACAGCCAUACCGGCCUCCGCACCCCAGGUACCUGUAUGGGAUAAACACACCCCUCAAACCCCCAAGACCCCCCACCGUAUACCCCAAAUCCCAAAACAAACCCCCGUCACCACCCAGACCCCCCGCACCCCCCAGACCCCUAAACGAACCCCCCACACCCCGCUGACCCGCACCAUCUCGACCGGAACAGGGACCAGUUUCGUGGAGAUGGAGAAGGAGAGAUUAAACAGGUUGGAGAAAGAGAGGACAGAGAGACUUAAUAGUUCCACCUUGGGGAAUCCCACCAGCCACCCACACAGCCACAGACAGUCAGGCGUACCUCCCAACAAUGAAAGGUCAACACCUUAUUCCACCUGUUGCGCUUCUUCUUCUCGUUCCAAUCCUCCUACCACCAGCACCACCACCACCACCGUUACUACUACUCUUCCUGUUCCUAGUUCUACCUCCUCCCUCCACAGCAGUCUGACAGCUAACAGUCAGUCCAGCUCCACCCACCACCAGUACUGUUGCCCUGCCCGGCUGCUCCUGCCCAAGCCGCCUUGCGCCCUCCCCCCAUCCAGGCACUCCGACCAGGCAAGAGAGGACGAAGACGAUGACAUCGCCCAUCAGUUCUGUUGCCCCGCCUCUGAGUGCAGUAGCCCGUCCUCUAGGUAACCAGCCGAUCACUUGAACCUCCUUCUCGUUUUCUACCCUUGACCUCCAAACAACCUUACGGAGAAAACGCUGAGGGCAACAACUGGACACAACUCGUUGGUCGGGGUUUGAAAAAUAAAUAAACUUUUAAAACGCACAAACCUGGCUGGAGACAAGGCAGGAGCUCAGCGACACUGAACUGUAGUCUGGGACUUGGGGACUGAUCUGGUCUGGACUAGCUCUGGUCUGGACUAUCUCUCGUCUGGACUAGCUCUGGUCUGGACUAUCUCUCGUCUGGACUAGCUCUGGUCUGGACUAUCUCUCGUCUGGACUAUCUCUGGACUGAAUCUUUAUCUGCCAGAUUUUACCUUCCCUGUCCUUACCAGCAUGUCACCCUUACAACCUUGCCUAACUCCGAAUGACACAAGGCAGUCCUGAUCGGUUGACCCCUCAGACUCUGACCGUUGAAGUGUAGUGUAGGCAGUCUGAUCUCUGACCUGGGCAGUGUGUGAAGAGAACUCACCUACGCCGCCGGGCCGGGUCAAUUGAUGACGAGACGAUGGGAAGAAAGAAAAACAACGGAAAAUGAACCCUUCAGAUUCUUUCUGUAGCUCAUAUAUAUCUACUUCCUGUAUACUGCCCUCUAGUGUCUGUAUGCUGUCUCUUUUUACUCCUUUAAAUCUCACUCUUUCUUCUUUACCUCCUUGUGGACCUUCCUCUUCCCCUCUAUCGUUCAGUGAGAGAGGACAUGGUGGGUUUAACUCUAUUCUAACCAUACGGAAAAAUAAUGAGAAAUAUAUCAAAUCUUCCUGAUUCAGUGCCAAGAAAAGCUCUUCGUUUUCAACUCUUUAAACUUUAAAAUAUUGUAAUGUUUUGUGAACAGAAGAGUUAUGCUUUAUGAGCAAAAUAUCUGAAGACAAAUAUUUAUUUAAAUUAAAACAUAUUUUAGUUAGAUUUCCCUUUUCUCAUUAGAGAAAUACCGAAAUGACAUGAUCCUUUAUUAGUUUGCAGCAUAGACACAUAGAAACAUUAUGUCUACCCCAAACCCAGUAAGACUCGUAAGUCAACUCAUAUUGAGUGUGAAUAGUAAGCUAUUGCAAGGCCAAGGGAUGGGUGGGGAUAGAAACGUUACACAUGGGGUUCAAAUCUAAUUAGAACAGGGUAACCGUGGUAACCACGGUCUCACACUGAUCCUCAUCCAGACUUUCUGUAAAUAUCGAAAUUGGAACAACCAGCGGCAUUAUAGUUCGCUAGGCGCUACUUCCCCCUACCCCUUACACAGAUAUAGGACACUAGCAUAGCGGUUGUUAGAUACAGGACACUAGCAUAGAGGUUGUUAGAUAUAGGACACUAGCAUAGAGGUGGUUAGAUAUAGGACACUAGCAUAGAGGUUGUUAGAUAUAGGACACUAGCAUAGAGGUGGUUAGAUAUAGGACACUAGCAUAGAGGUUGUUAGAUAUAGGACACUAGCAUAGAGGUGGUUAGAUAUAGGACACUAGCAUAGAGGUUGUUAGAUACAGGACACUAGCACAGAGGUUGAUAGAUACAGGACACUAGCAUAGAGGUGGUUAGAUACAAGACAAUACCAUAGAGGUGGUUAGAUACUGGACACUACCAUAGAGGUUGUUAGAUACAGGACACUAGCACAGAGGUUGAUAGAUACAGGACACUAGCAUAGAGGUGGUUAGAUACAAGACAAUACCAUAGAGGUGGUUAGAUACUGGACACUAGCAUAGAGGUGGUUAGAUACAGGACACUAGCAUAGAGGUGGUUAGAUACAGGACACUAGCAUAGAGGUGGUUAGAUACAGGACACUACCAUAGAGGUGGUUAGAUACUGGACACUAGCACAGAGGUGGUUAGAUAAAGGACACUAGCAUAGAGGUGGUUAGAUACAGGACACUAGCAUAGAGGUGGUUAGAUACAGGACACUAGCAUAGAGGUGGUUAGAUACAGGACACUAGCAUAGAGGUGGUUAGAUACAGGACACUAGCAUAGAGGUGGUUAGAUACAGGACACUACCAUAGAGGUGGUUAGAUACUGGACACUAGCACAGAGGUGGUUAGAUAAAGGACACUAGCAUAGAGGUGGUUAGAUACAGGACACUAGCAUAGAGGUGGUUAGAUACAGGACACUAGCAUAGAGGUGGUUAGAUACAGGACACUAGCAUAGAGGUGGUUAGAUACAGGACACUAGCAUAGAGGUGGUUACAUAAGGACACUACCAUAGAGGUGGUUAGAUACAGGACACUACCAUAGAGGUGGUUAGAUACAGGACACUAGCAUAGAGGUGGUUAGAUACAGGACACUACCAUAGAGGUGGUUAGAUACAGGACACUAGCAUAGAGGUGGUUAGAUACAGGACACUAGCAUAGAGGUGGUUAGAUACAGGACACUAGCAUAGAGGUGGUUAGAUACAGGACACUACCAUAGAGGUGGUUAGAUACUGGACACUAGCACAGAGGUGGUUAGAUAAAGGACACUAGCAUAGAGGUGGUUAGAUACAGGACACUAGCAUAGAGGUGGUUAGAUACAGGACACUAGCAUAGAGGUGGUUAGAUACAGGACACUAGCAUAGAGGUGGUUAGAUACAGGACACUAGCAUAGAGGUGGUUAGAUACAGGACACUAGCAUAGAGGUGGUUAGAUAAGGAGACUACCAUAGAGGUGGUUAGAUAAGGACACUACCAUAGAGGUGGUUAGAUACAGGACACUAGCAUAGAGGUGGUUAGAUACAGGACACUACCAUAGAGGUGGUUAGAUACAGGACACUAGCAUAGAGGUGGUUAGAUACAGGACACUAGCAUAGAGGUGGUUAGAUACAGGACACUAGCAUAGAGGUGGUUAGAUACAGGACACUAGCAUAGAGGUGGUUAGAUACAGGACACUACCAUAGAGGUGGUUAGAUACUGGACACUAGCACAGAGGUGGUUAGAUACAGGACACUAGCAUAGAGGUGGUUAGAUACAGGACACUAGCAUAGAGGUGGCUAGAUAAGGACACUAGCAUAGAGGUGGUUAGAUAAAGGACACUACCAUAGAGGUGGUUAGAUACAGGACACUACCAUAGAGGUGGUUAGAUACAGGACACUAGCAUAGAGGUGGUUAGAUACAGGACACUAGCAUAGAGGUGGUUAGAUAAGGACACUACCAUAGAGGUGGUUAGAUAAGGACACUACCAUAGAGGUGGUUAGAUACAGGACACUAGCAUAGAGGUGGUUAGAUACAGGACACUACCAUAGAGGUGGUUAGAUACAGGACACUAGCAUAGAGGUGGUUAGAUACAGGACACUAGCAUAGAGGUGGUUAGAUAAGGACACUACCAUAGAGGUGGUUAGAUAAGGACACUACCAUAGAGGUGGUUAGAUACAGGACACUAGCAUAGAGGUGGUUAGAUACAGGACACUACCAUAGAGGUGGUUAGAUACAGGACACUAGCAUAGAGGUGGUUAGAUACAGGACACUAGCAUAGAGGUGGUUAGAUACAGGACACUAGCAUAGAGGUGGUUAGAUACAGGACACUACCAUAGAGGUGGUUAGAUACAGGACACUAGCAUAGAGGUGGUUAGAUACAGGACACUAGCAUAGAGGUGGUUAGAUACAGGACACUAGCAUAGAGGUGGUUAGAUACAGGACACUAGCAUAGAGGUGGUUAGAUACUGGACACUAGCACAGAGGUGGUUAGAUACAGGACACUAGCAUAGAGGUGGUUAGAUACAGGACACUAGCAUAGAGGUGGCUAGAUAAGGACACUACCAUAGAGGUGGUUAGAUAAAGGACACUAGCAUAGAGGUGGUUAGAUACAGGACACUACCAUAGAGGUGGUUAGAUACAGGACACUAGCAUAGAGGUGGUUAGAUACAGGACACUAGCAUAGAGGUGGUUAGAUACAGGACACUAGCAUAGAGGUGGUUAGAUACAGGACACUAGCAUAGAGGUGGUUAGAUACAGGACACUACCAUAGAGGUGGUUAGAUACAGGACACUAGCAUAGAGGUGGUUAGAUACAGGACACUAGCAUAGAGGUGGUUAGAUAAGGACACUACCAUAGAGGUGGUUAGAUAAGGACACUACCAUAGAGGUGGUUAGAUACAGGACACUAGCAUAGAGGUGGUUAGAUACAGGACACUACCAUAGAGGUGGUUAGAUACAGGACACUAGCAUAGAGGUGGUUAGAUACAGGACACUAGCAUAGAGGUGGUUAGAUACAGGACACUAGCAUAGAGGUGGUUAGAUACAGGACACUACCAUAGAGGUGGUUAGAGUCCAGUUGGCCCGUAACUUGUCUCUAAAGACAACUACAACCCUUUGAUGUACAGCAAUGAUAUUAUCCACUGUCGGCGUAUAUAUGACCACAUCAUGUUUCUUUGUCGUUGUAUUCUUAGAAAUAACUCAAGGAGAUGUAACAUAUUAUUGAAUAGUGAAACCUACUUCUGUGUUGUACAGAUACAUUAGGCUACACAGACUCUGCACUACAGUCCCAGGAACAGGACGUGAACCAUCCAAGCCUCUGGUUGUGUUAUAAUACUAGAGGAGGAGGAGUUAUAACACUAGAGGAGGAGGAGUUAUAACACUAGAGGAGGAGGGGUUAUAAUACUAGAGGAGGAGGAGUUAUAACACUAGAGGAGGAGGAGUUAUAACACUAGAGGAGGAGGAGUUAUAACACUAGAGGAGGAGGAGUUAUAACACUAGAGGAGGAGGAGUUAUAACACUAGAGGAGGAGGAGUUAUAACACUAGAGGAGGAGGAGUUAUAACACUAGAGGAGGAGGAGUUAUAACACUAGAGGAGGAGGAGUUAUAACACUAGAGGAGGAGGAGUUAUAACACUAGAGGAGGAGGAGUUAUAACACUAGAUGAGGAGGAGUUAUAACACUAGAGGAGGAGGAGUUAUAACACUAGAGGAGGAGGAGUUAUAACACUAGAGGAGGAGGAGUUAUAACACUAGAGGAGGAGGAGUUAUAAAACUAGAGGAGCCAGGUUAACUUAGUUAGUGUAGUGGAGCGUAGUGUAUAGGUCUAUGUCCCAAAUUUCACCCUAUAUGCAGUACUCUAUGGGUUCUGGUCAAAAGCAGUGCACUGUAUAGACGAUAGGGUGCCAUUUGGGAUGCACUUUAAGGGAUCUCUAGCAUCCUCUUUUCUCCCUUUUGUUCUGAAGUAGAGUGCAGUAGUGUUAGACACCAUGGUAAUCAGUCAGUCAGUCACUGUACAGUCAGUGUGUUGUCUUGUUUGCUCAUCACGUCAUGAUCAGUCCCUGGAUGUGGACUUCUUGCAGGUACUAUGGACGGAGAUUCGCAGUGUUCACAGUUGAGUUGCAAAAUUCAGGUUAACUUUUCCAAAAUUCCCAGGUUUUCCUGAAAUGCCAGUUGGAGGAUUCCCAGAUUUCCCUUCCGAAUCGAGGAAUAUUCAAACCAGGACUCUAAAGUGCGACCAAUCCGACCCAAAAAUAUUAUCCUGUGCGACCAGGAGUUUGAUUUUUGUGAGCACUGUUCGACUCUGAAAAAAAAUCUCCCGGGUUAAUACUUGGUGUAAUGAUAAGGCUUGGCUGUACCGUUGUUUCUCAGUGCCCUAGAGAAUCAGUGCAGAUUUGGUUAACGUCAUGGUUGCACUAUCACUACAGAGAAAUCACGGUUUACCCAACUAGAUCAAAAGAUCUGACCCAUGUUACCGACGCAGCGUUUCAUCUUCCUAUAAUGACGGGUUGGCUGACAACGUCACGGAAACUAUGCACACGCUUCAAUGGGGCAGAAGUCUUGUGUCUUGUUAGGAUUCUGGAUGGACAGAUAGCUAGCAACAAUGAUAAGAAACUGUCAUGUGGGGCAUCAUAAAUGUCUUAUUUUGAGAUGUUUUGACUAAUUGCAUGUCAAUGUUAAUAUGGCUCAAAUUCUAAGGCUAAGGUUGCUAACCAACAACCGAUAAUAAAGCUUGUCGUGGGUCGUUGUAAAACGAACCGCUCGUCGACAUCGUUAACCAUUUGUUUACAUUUUGUUCAGUCAUUGGCUAGCAUGUUAACGACCCGGUGACUUCACCGGUAUAUCCAAACAUUUGGGGGAACAGAAAUAAAAUAAAAAAGGGAUGAGAUGGGCUUCUUCAGAUCAAUGGAUGAUAGCGAUGAAAGAUGCUGUGUUGACCUGCUAGUCGAAACUAGAAAAACUCAAGAAAUGUCCGACCGGAAACUAAUUUCAGAGUUUUAUUAGUUCCGAUUGGCGUGUCAACUUGGUUUCUAUGGCAGCCAUCUUGCAUCGCAAACCUGACUUUUUUUUUAAAGAGACAGUGUACCAAUUAUAUGCAAUGCAUCUCAAUUAGAGAAAUACCUAAUAUUCCACAAAUUACUUUGUAAUUUCAAUGACAGGUAUUUGUAUCAACGCCUUAGCUUUUAUAAGAAGUUAAGAUCUUUACAGUAUGACAUAUUUGCUUCUAGGGUACAUAUAGGCCCAAUAAGGCUGCAUCUCAAUUUCUGGUGCUCCUAACUUUCAUGUUGUGCUCCUAACUUUUAAAAGUUAGGAGCACCAGUGCUUAAAAAAAAAAAGAAAGUGCCCUGAUUCCAGCUGGAACUGCGUACUCUUAUCACACUUGUUUCUGGUUGCUGUCAUGGCAACCACUGUAUCACACCUGUCUUCUGUUACCAAGGGGAUGGAAGUGAAGAGAAAGGGCUUGUCAAUGUCCGCGCCACCUCAUAAAUCUAAUUAGCAUAAUACAAAUAUCCCAAUUAAAAUCAGCACAUCUGCCUCUGUCGCACUUCCUCAUCUGCUGUGCAAGGUGACAGAGCUAGAGCAGUGUUGGUCAGACCAGGAGACAUCCCAUCUGAGGUGAAAGGUGACAGAGCCAGAGUGGCGUUUGUCAGACCAGGAGACAUCCCAUCUGAGGUGAAAGGUGACAGAGCCAGAGCGGUGUUUAUCAGACCAGGAGACAUCCCAUCUGAGGUGAAAGGUGACAGAGCUAGAGUGGUGUUUAUCAGACCAGGAGACAUCCCAUCUGAGGUGAAAGGUGACAGAGCUAGAGCGGUGUUUAUCAGACCAGGAGACAUCCCAUCUGAGGUGAAAGGUGACAGAGCUAGAGCGGUGUUUAUCAGACCAGGAGACAUCCCAUCUGAGGUGAAAGGUGACAGAGCUAGAGCGGUGUUUAUCAGACCAGGAGACAUCCCAUCUGAGGUGAAAGGUGACAGAGCCAGAGCGGUGUUUAUCAGACCAGGAGACAUCCCAUCUGAGGUGAAAGGUGACAGAGCUAGAGCGGUGUUUAUCAGACCAGGAGACAUCCCAUCUGAGGUGAAAGGUGACAGAGCUAGAGUGGUGUUUAUCAGACCAGGAGACAUCCCAUCUGAGGUGAAAGGUGACAGAGCCAGAGCGGUGUUUAUCAGACCAGGAGACAUCUCGAAAAUCGUUCUUCUUACUAAAUCCUCUGUAGUGUCUGAACUAUUAUGACCUCUCUACGGAAAGGUGAGACUUUCACGA